UGUCCUUUACAGAAGGCACUGCGUCCUUCCAGAAUCAGUGUAUAAUUUUGUCUUAGACACAAUUGUAUGACGUAACAAUCUGGUGCAGUUUGUCUAGUGGCCAUUUUGUUUUCAAUCGCACGACUGAUUAAGGUGUCCAUCUGUCCAUUCAGCCUGGUGAGAGAGACACACAAGCGCAACAAUGGAUUCAAAGCGGCAUGAACGCGGCUCCAAGUCCAAUACAGACUCACCGCCCGCUCCACCUUCGCCUCCUAUGUAUAGCACAUCGUAUACAACGUACGAUGGAUACAAAAACAGAAUGUCAUCACGUCGAUCACCAUCACCCUUGGACUAUAGAAGCUGUAGAACAUCCAGAAAUGAUUCACCACAGGAUAGACGUAGAAGAAGACGCAGUGGUUCAAAAUCUCCCCCAAGUCGAUCACACAGACGAUCUCGGUCAUCUGACAGGGACAAAGAUCGAGAUAGGGACAGGGAUCGAUCAAGAAAAUAUUCUAGAAGAGAUAGAUCGAGAUCUAGAUCAAGAGGCAGGUCAAGAUCUAGAGACAGAAGACGCAGCCGUAGUCGUAAUAGGAGCAGAGAUAGACAUCGAGGCAGAGAAAGCCGUAGAUAUCACAGAGCACAGUCAUACGAAUCAGAUACAGCUGAAGAUAACACUGAAACAACUGUACAGCAACCGAUUGUUCCUCCACAAUCUAAUGCUUUUAAAAAUGAUGGUAGUUUUAUGGAAAUGUUCAAAAAAAUGCAGGAACAAAUGCAACCAACACAAAAACCGACGACUUCUGUUCUAGAAGAGAAAAGUGUUGUUCCCCCACCAUUAAUGGUAGGAAAGAGGCGAGGAGGAAGGAUUUUGAAAACUGGAAUGGUUGCUAAACCAAAGACUGAACAAACUGUUGAGCAGCCCAAGGAUGCUUGGUCGCUUUAUAUGGCUGAAGUGAAAAAAUAUAGAGAAGUUUGUUGUCAAGAAGAAGACAACACUAGACCACUGGUCAAAUAGCUGAAUUUGACUUCACAUUUCAUACUUUGUUAUUUUGUUUCAACUGUAAUGAAUGUGCUUUUGGAAAAUGCUCUAUUCCUUAUAACAUUUUCAUGAUUACGUUUCAAUGUACAGAAUGGCUAUCUACAAAGUGUAAAAACUUUGUGCUCAAAUUAUUUUAAAUUUUUAUAAACUUUGAACUUCAAGUAAUGAUUUGGACUAUGAAGCAUAUGAAUGAAAAGUGUAAUGCAAUAAAUCCACUUUCCUUGUCAACUAUCACAUAAAAUGUACAAAUAUGUUAAUCAGAUAUCACAAAUGCAUACUAUCAGAUUAUAAAGUAAUUAAACGUAAAUAGCAUUGUUAAACACUAUGAAAUUGGAAAAUAUCUGUAGUGAUAAAUAACUAUUAUUUGUGAUAGUGGUAAGUGGUGCAAGAGACAAAUGGACUACAGCGAGAGACACAUACAGAGAGUUUGCCUUUGGGGACAAAAGGGAGGGUAAAAUAUGUAUCUCGGUCAAUAAAUAUAAUAGAUUAAGUA